GUCGGCACGGCGGGACGCCGGCCCUCGAUCCGCCGACUGGAUUUUCGAUCGCCGCUUCGGAUCAUCUCGAUCGUACCGGCAUGGCGACAGCCGGUCUUGAGGUGCGCGAAGCUGGACGAGCAUUGAGAGUACAAACGGAAGCACCGCAUCUCGUUUCUAUGGGAAGCGGCCGUUUAUCCACGGCGGUGACCCUGCAUCCCUUAGCAGAAGGUAAGUUAACACUAGGAUCAAGUCGAGAUGCGGACAUUUCUGUGGUUGGUACCGGCGUCGAAUCCAUUCAUUGCACGAUUGAAAAUAAAAACGGCGUGGUCACUCUUCACCCCAUAAAUGGAAGCACGGCUGUCGAUGGUGUACCAAUAAAUUCGCCAGUGAGACUUGCUCAAGGUUGCAUGCUGUCAAUCGGAAGAUCGAACUACAUGCGCUUCAACCAUCCAGCCGAGGCGAAACACUUGCGAUCCGUGCUGCCGCACUCAAGAAUCUCCAUGGCGCCCAUAAGUUUCAACCUCCCAGACAACCAACAGCAGGAGAAUUACCAUCUAGAACGAAAACCUCCGGUGGCUCCCCGAAAGUCUCCAAGGAACUCCUGUUCGGACGACGAAAUCGGUUUCCUAGGAAAGCUCACGAAAUUUGAGAUGCUAGCAAAGCAGAGCAGGAACAACUGCGUCUCUCCGAAGGUGUUUCCAGCUGGUGCUGUCACCACGAACGUGCCAGCUGAUCAAAUCCUGGGCCAUUCCAGAUCCUCCAGUUUAAUUUCCCUGAAGAACGGGAACAACUCGCCUCUGCAGAACCUGACGAAUUUGGAUCGAAGUCGUUCGAACACUCCCUCCUUCAACGCGUCCUCACCUGGUCACUUUUUAAACACAUCCUCACCUGCCAAUUGUUUCGCCUCUUCGUCUCCUAACCACUGCAGUGACGAGAACCAUCAGAGGACUCCUAGCAGGUGCAACACGCCUAAUCUACAGUACCAGAACUGUUCCACGCCCAAUCAUAACCAGAUCCAGGUGUACUCCAACGCUGAGUCGUAUUUGAAAAGCUAUAAACCGUACUACCGGGAGAACAACAACGAGAACAGUCAGAGUACCCAGAACUUGAUCACGAAGAACACUGCCAACCAGGCUGACAUGAUGUCUCGAAGCUUCACGUGUCAGAGGUCCAACGACCUUGACGAGCUAGCCUCCAGAGAUUUCGACAUGAGCCAGAGUCUGAUCGUCACGAAGACCACCACGACCGAGUACCUUCAGCUCGAGAAGUUCGGCUCGAAUCCCAACAUCUGCAACAAUUCGAGUAACGGUAAUUAUGCUGGGAGUAUGAGGAACAUGGCGGAGGCACCCAGAUUCGGUUCGAACCCGAAUAUCAAGAGGAUACAGCCACCCAGUCCGGCGUUCAAUCGCAAUCCGAAGUACAAUGAGCCUAAGAGAGGGUUUGUGAGAGUGAAGAGCCCAACGCCGAGCAUUGGGAGUGGGUGUUCCCUGGAGGAGCUCAGGGAGAGACAGAUCGACGCGGAAAAUAAACGCAGGGAGGCGGAGAACAGGAGGAAACAGGCGCAGGAGGAGAGAUUACGGGAACAGGAGAUUGAAAGACAGGAGAAGAUGAGGCUGGAAGAGAUCCUGGCUAUGUGUGCCGAGUACGAGAGACAGAGCACUGUGGAGAAACCAAGGCAGCCUAAUAGAAUCAAAACAAACGGCUCUCUUCCACGGGACAAAAGGCUGGGCUACAGUUCCCCUUUCGACAGUCCAAAAAGUCCAUCGAAGAAUCAGCCCCAUUUCUCCUUCGACUCCAUAAAACCACCCUCGAAUUCAGCAUCGUACGAGAACGUGUGCGUGCAGAAUUCAAAGGUAGUCUUUCAAAACGGAACUUCACCGAACAAUCGCCGACAUCAAAGCACUCAAGGGGACAGCCCAUUAACGAGCAUGCAGGAUCAUCCUCAAUCGACCACGCCGAACAAUAAUCAAUCGAUUAAAUGGCCAAACGUUCAUGGCAACGGGGACCAUAGCUUUUCGAAUUCGGUCUCGCAGGGUCGUAGCUCCAGCUACGAGAACGCGAUGAUUGAUAGUUCAAUGUUAAAUAAUAACAAUAGCAGUUACGCACAAAACGACACGAAAGAAACGUCUACAUAUGGAACGAUACAACUGAAUGGAAAUAGAAUCAAACCAGCGCAGCAGAAUAAUUCUAUGAACGGAAAUUUAAGUCUGUACGAGAACGUGGUGAUAGGACCCGUGCAGAACAACAAUCAAAACAAUCAUUCCAUGCCAAAGAAGAAUGGCCAGCUGUCGAAUUCCUGCGAGAUGAUAGAGAAUAAGCUGGCCAUAUCGAACGACGACCUUCUAGAGGCUAUCGAGCAGCUUUCCAUGCUUUCAAAGUCCAAAGAAAUUUGCACGAUUCCCAAGAAGAAUAACUCUGAGAAGGACAACGCGAAAUCGAACGAGGCUAAGGCUGACAAGGAGAGAAAGGAGCUCGAAGAGGAGGAUAGGAAGAAGUAUAUUGAAUUCCUUCAAAAUGAGAAAAUACACAUCCUUGGAAAUAUGGACGCUUUAAAGAGGAGCGUAGCGGAUAUUGAGAUACAGGAAGAAGAAAUUAGUAGGGAGCUCGAAUUAGAGAAAGCACUGCUCUCGGCGGAGUACGAAUCAGAGUCGUUGAAACUGAACCAGGACGAAGGUGAAAAAAUAAAGGUGCAGAUGCGAAUCAACGAGUUGGAGAGACAAAUGGCUGAAGAUAACACGACACAAGCGAACUUGCAAGCGGAAGCGAAACAGAGAGUUCAGAGAGCUCAACAGGCUUGCAGUCGUUUAGAGGAGGAACUGGUGAAUUGCACGGACGAAAGGACGCAGCAGGAAGUUAGCGAGAAACUCAUGGCACAACAGGAUAUCCUCGAGUCUGAAAGGAAGGCGUUCGAAGACCUCGAGUUCCACCAUCUUGAAGAGGAAGCGAGUAAACUUGCUACUAGAGAAGAAUUACAAAGAUAUUUGAGUGAACUGACGGCCAAAAUAGAGACUAGAAAAGCUCGACUGAACCACCUGGAAUCGCAGAGAUCUGAAGCGAAAAGCACGGCAACUAAAGAUGCCAGGAGCCUCGAGAGACAAAAGUUAGCGCAUUUGAAACGGUUAGAAGAAGGUCGAAACCGAGUUAGAGCGAUAAACGAUGAGUUGACGAAGUUGGCGCAGAAUUGUUGCGAGAACAGCGAAGAGAAACGAUCUCCGAGCAGGGAAGACUUCGACAGGAUCUCCAGGGUCACCACUGACUCUCCCAUUGUAAACAAUCAGGGCAGCUUGGGAAGGAAAACUAUCGAGUCCCUCAAGGAAAUUGAGAGAAAUCGACAGCUUCAUCUAGCAAAACAAGGUAGCCAAGUAAUUUCGGAAGAAAGACGAAGAGUGGAGGAGCUGAAACGAAGAGUUCAAGACGAAGUUCGGUCACAAUGGGAAGAAAGGAAGAUGAAUUGUACUUCUUUCAACAGCGUAGAAUCUGGAGAAGAAUCGUCCAGUUAUUCAACGGGACCAACAGAAAGCGGAAGUGGAAGCAGCGACAGUGCAGAGGGUGCAAACAGCGAGAAAUUGUCUCCCAGCAAACUUUCAGAGCUCACAUCACCCAGUCCAGGACCUUCGAACAAUUCCUACAGUCUGCUCCAAAAUGAUAACAUGAGAGACGAUCGAAGGACAUCAAUGGAAGGCGAGAGACUUAGCAAUAACAGCGGGGGCAUAAUCGACGGAAACGGAAGUCGCCCUCUUUCGCAAACCUCCAGCGAAAUGGACACCCUUGGUCCGUUGCAACCAGUCAAACAUCGUGAAAAGGCAAAACUGCAGAGGCCACUUACGAGAUACCUUCCCAUCAAGUCGGAGUCCCUGGACCUGAGGCAUCAUAUUGAGACUGCCGGCCAUCAUUUACCCCUGAUACAUGAUGUCACCGUGGACACGACAAGUUGCAGUGGUUACCUGUCGAAGAUGAGCAAGAAAUUCCAUCAUUGGAAUAAACGGUGGUUCGUGUUUGACAGAAAGAGGAAGACCUUGUCAUAUUACAGCGACAGCUCGUCCAGAAAACCUCGUGGAGUGAUUUACUUCCAGGCAAUUGAAGAAGUGUACGUGGAUCACAUGAACACCGUAAGAUCACCACAACCAUCGCUGACUUUUAUCAUCAAAACGUCGUCCCGGUUGUACCAUUUAAUGGCACCAAGUCCAGAGGCUAUGCGAGUUUGGGUGGAUGUUGUGUUCACUGGUGCUGAGGGGUAUCAUGAAUUUGAUCAUGGUAUUUGAUGAGCUGACCAUUUAUAGAUUUAUGGUCAAGGUCCGUUUUUAUUUGAAGAUUACCAUGAAAUAAUGGUGUCUUCGCUGGUAGCCUGCAGGUUCACAAAGCUUUGUGUGAUCCUUUGAGAAUGAGAUUUGGUGAUGAGUCCAAAUGCUUGGAAUUAAAUUUGACUUGUGAAGAAUGUUGAUCAUUGUAUUGGUGCUAGAUUGCUUAUUUAGGCAGCUGUACAUGGAUUAAAAUUGAAGCAGUGGUAGUAUUGUAUGGGCAAAAAUAAGAGUAAUGAAGAAUGAAUGAAAUUAUAAGCUCAGAAUUUAUAAUGGAAAAAUAAGACUUCAAUCGUGUGUGCCAAAAUGAGGGCAUUAAUGAUACAUUACUGAAAAGUAUUAUUCAUUUGAAUGCGGGCUAAUUACAGUUUCAUUCUAUUCAAAUAGAAAGGAUGAAUUUUAUAGAAUUACCGUUAAAUUUUGUAGACAUUUUUAAUCUAGUCUUCCAGCAUAAACACCAUGAAGGAUACGAGAUGAUGUCCUAAUCUUUGAAAAAGAAAAUCUUCAACAGUAGUUUGCGUGUUCUGGUAUGAACCAAAAAUCCAGUCCUUAAGAAGCUGUAAAUACAUCUCAUUUUACAUUUUACAUUUACACUCUAACACUUUUAAUAAAUAUCUCUGAUAUUACAUUAAGUCAAGGAUUAUAUGAAAUGAAAUCUUCCAUAUCUGUUUAUACAUCCAAACAAAUCUUUUCAUUCAUGUAUGGUUUUUGUGACUCCAGUAUCUACAUAUUGUUAAAUAUAUCAUCAUAUUAAUUUUCAUUCUUGAUACAUAAACUAUAAGUAUUCUCUAACAUGUCAAAUGAUAAUAGAAAUUAAAGAAAAAUUUUUAGAAUCUGGUGUAAUGUUUUUAAAACAUGUUCCCCUGUAAAGGUUUUAAAAAACUGUUUAAAUGAAAGAACACUUAUAGUUAAUGUACCAUUAAUAUCAUAAUUUUAUAACGUAGCUACAACCAUGUAAAUAUUUACAUAUAAGGAAGUCAUUAUUAAUUGAAAUACUUCAUACCUGUUUAUGAUACUUUUUACUUCAUAUAGCAGUCAGAAUUUUAUUAUAUAUUCAUUUUAAUCAUAACUGUAUAUGAUUGGAUAAAUCAGUGAAAAAUAUACUAUUAACUUAAAAUAAAUUAUGAAUCAUAUUACACACUGUGGCAUAUUUUUGGACAUAUUUACAAACAGUAUAAAAACGCUCAUUAUUAAUGAAUCAUUUCCCCUCUUUAUGAAUGUAUAAAUACCUGAGUAUUUUAAAAAAUCAUAUCCUGUAUAAUAAAAUGAAGAUACAUGCAUAUAAGUAUGGCACUUGUUAUUAAUGUCUCAAAGUACCUGCUCUUCCUUUGUAGUAUUAUAGUUUGUAUUGAAACACUAAAUUUUAACGUAAAUUCAUAAAUUUGAGAACUUGAGAAUAUAGAUGUAUAUCACUUUACCGACCAUCUCUUAAUUAAUAUCUGAAGGUAAAACAGAUGGCAUUAGUGUCACUCGUGACUUUUGAUUGUGAACAUAGUUACGAUAAAACAAAUCGUUUAUAUGCGCACUAUAUUUGUUAAAAUGAUUCAUAAUAAAUGUAGACAAGGCUUUUAUCCUUCAAGUAAUAUAAAAAGAUUUGAAGUGCCUGAAAACAAAGUAUCAUGGAGUGUUGACUACCCGGAAUAUACACCAGUCGAAUACACUGCACCAGCUAUUAAAGGAAAAUCUUGGGCGGAUCCAGCAAUCGGCGAAAAUUCAUUCGAACCAAAAUGGAACUCCAUCGAUG